UUUGUUAUUGGAAGUCACAAGGCAGAAUUCCCCCACUUUUACGCUUCAACCAAUCAGCGGUUUUGUAGUAAGUUCCCAAUGACAUAAAACAGUGUAUUUGUGGAGUAAAUCCUCAUUCAAGAUUUCUCUAGUUGUUGGAAAGUGUUGUUUGAUUAUUUGAAAGUAUUUUCAGUGCUAAUUUCGAAGUGAAGUUAUUGAAAUAUAAAUAAAUAUGGCUUUUAUGAUGCCAGUUGUGAAAAACGAAUGGGAUAUUUACAAACCCAAUCGUUCUAGGCGAGUUUCUGAAUGCUCUAACCCAACUUCGUGCCGAUCUAGAAAAGUAUCCGAGUGUAAAUCUGAAGGUCCGAGUCUUUCUACUUCUCCGGGAUCUGAGUUUGUCUCAACACCAAUCCGUGGAUCUGUUCCCAGCAACAUGUCAUCCAGACAGUAUUCUAGGGCCAGUUCCAGAACCAGUGAAAGUAGUUUACCCAGUCCCGUCAAAAAUAUGAGUAUGGGGUCAUCGCCCCCAAAGAACAACUCUGAACCAAGUUUAAAUAAGUUCCAUAACAGACUGUUGGAUAAAUUGAAGAAAUCUUUGCGAACAGGAGCUGAAAAUGAGAAAACCAGUUCAUGAGAUUCAGAAAAAGAAGGUGAGCCUUCUAAAGAUGACGGUGAAAGACUUUAGGGGUGAUUAAUAUUAAACUAUCCGGGCUACGAGGCAACGUAAGUUCAGGUAUAGCAACUGAUAAUGUUGUCCUGUGAUAUGUAGUGAACAUAGCAGCUUUAUUAUUACUAGUAUAAAUUAUAGUUAGCUCGGUUUUUGUAGUUUUGAGUUACUACUUAAUUUUGGAUGAAUACCAAAUUUUAAAUAAUAUGUUACAACUUAUAUUUUCUAACUAAUAAAAGUUUUUGGGAACUUAUUGUUCUCUGUAGAAUGUGUUAAUAGGUUUUUCACUACAAGACUGCUAAAGGAAUUAUUGAUUAGUUGUUAAGACUACGAAUAGAAAGUAAUAUUUUCAGUAUAUAAAAAUUUCAUAAUUUUCAUUUGUGUUUAAUUUAUUGUUUUUUUUUACAAUUUUUUUAAUGAAGUUAACUAGUAAUUUUUUUGUUAAAAGUAAUUUUGGCAUAGUAUUUUUUUCUUGAGUCUGCACAAAUAUAAAUUAAAUUAUGUCGCUUAACAUAUACCUAUAUAAUAUUCAAUAUAAUUAUGAAUUAAAAUUGACAAUGAGAGGGAUAUACUUUGUGUGUAUUUGGGUACAUACUGAUAAUUAAGUACCUAUCAGUAAAAAAAGUCACUGCCCUCUAUAUUUUAUGUAUUAUACUUACACGGAAAAAAAUGUUUUUUUUUUAAUUUUUGUAAAUUGCUUUCACUUUUUAACUACAUUUUGAUACGAAUUAGAAAGAUAUAAAACAACAUCGAUUUUUGAUAGAAUGGCGAAAUAUUUUUUUCUGUGUACGAAAACGAACAUUCCACGAAUAAAGUUCUAAAAUUAUGGAAUCAAAAUAUAUAAUGUUUAACGAAAUGUACAAUAAUUAUCAAAAAUGUUAUGGAUUUAAUGUAAUAACUAAAAUUGUAUUUGCGGAAAUGAUUUAAAAGAGAUUACUGUGUAAUUAAUAUCUAUUUAAUAUAUAUAUAUAUAUAUAAAUAAAGUUUGAUCAAGUAC